UCUGAAAAGAUAAAUAUUUUUUAACACGUAGGGAAAUCCUAAAAUUGUUCAUUUCUACAAAGAUAUCCUUGAAAUUACACGUUUGGUAUUUUAAAAAGUGCCGUAUUACUAAAAUAUGAAGUCUAGCGUCUUCAUUUUGCUUUUACCUCUUUUACUAACAUUCGUUUCAGCAAGGAUAGAUCCAAAAAAUUUGAAAUGUUUAGUGUGCAGAACGACCUUCGAGGAAUUAAAUACUGUGAUAAAGAGCGUGGAUAAAUGGAAAAAAGUCGAUGUUGGUAACUUCAGAAUGGAUGCGAGUGGGAACUUGCAACAGCAGAAGUUACCUGCACACAGGUCAGCUGUGUACAUCUCUGAAGUUAUUGAUGGCAUUUGCAAGAAGAUGGAUGACUAUGUAAGGGUGUACUUCAAGGCGACAGGGAAGCUGGCCAUCAUGCAGCUCAUGACGCCCGAUGGGAAAAUGAAUGGCGACUUCUCCAAGACCAAGUUCGUGACGGACGAUGACCUCAACAAAAGCCUGGAGUACUAUUGCGAACGUAUGUUUGAAGAGAAUGAAGAUGAGAUAACGGAUCUGUACAAGAACAGGCCAGAAGAUGACGUCAUGCCGGACGCUGAGAGGGAGAUUUGUUUCAACCACGCUGAAUACUGCGAGGAAUGGAUGCUGCCCAACGAAGAAGAUACCACGUGGACAGAAGAGAUGGAGAGGGAAUAUGUCAAGGUCCACGGUCCUGAUCCAUACGGUUUCGGAGGUCUGCCCCAGCCGCCACCAGAAGCAUUCGAAGACGAUGAUGACAUCGAGACCAUCCCUGAUGAUGGCCAAGAUGAAGAAGUGUUGGACCCUAAAGAUGAGUUGUAAACGUCGCCACCCUACUCCCCCACACUUGAAAAAAUAGAAUGUGUAGUCUGUUUUUUAAUCCCGGAGACAAAUUUGACAUUACCAAUGUUGCCAGGGUUGUAGCACUAUCGGAAAUUAAUAUUAAUCACCCAUUUUUAUUGGUUACUCAGAAUUAAUGUGUGAGUGUUUGUUUAAAAUGCAUUAACAUAAAAUUAAUAAACUAUUAAUUAAUAUAUAGUUGGUGUAUCAAAAUAGGUUAUUUUAUUAAUUACUAAAAUAAAGAGUGUCUUCUUAAUAAAACAAAUGACCUUCUUAUGGUGUCAUAUGUCAUAAAACAUAGAUCUAUGUAAAAUAUUUUGUUGUUUGAAAGAAAAAAA